AUGAGUCGGCUGGUGCCGUACAGGACGAAGGUGUCGGAGGAGGUGGCGGCGCGCAUCGAGCAGACGCUGAGCACCACCAUGUAUCUGGUGCAGACGACGGGGCCAACAUCCUACAUGAUUCAGGAGCAGAACUGCGAGAAGAAGCACAAGGUGCUGAUCGGGUCGCUGCAGACCUGCAGCUGCGGAACAGCCGACAUCUGCAUCCACAUCCUGUUCGUCAUGCUCAAGGUCCUCCGCGUGCCAGCGACGACGCCCGUGGUGUGGCAGAAGUCGCUCAUAGAUUCCGAGAUCGAGACGCUGCUUCGUGGAGGGUACAGGGAGAAGUCGAGGCCGGCGCCAAAGCCGUACAUGAAGAGGCGGAAGGAAGAGGCUGCAGCUGCUCGACCCGAAGAUGCUGACGUUGAGCGACACGAACUGGUGGAGGGGGAGGUGUGUGCUAUCUGCCAGGAAGACAUGGACGACAACCAGCCACUCACGUUCUGUCGCAAAGGUUGUGGCAACAACUUCCACGUUGAAUGUAUGAAGGUCUUUGGCGAGAGUCGGCGACAGUCGAAAGAGAACAUUAUCUGCCCGCUGUGCCGUCAAGACUGGGGGGACACGGCCUUGUCGUCACUCCGGAAAGAGAUUGAUGCAGCCAACAGAGCCCCGAAUGUUCACAAAGGAGCAUCGUGCAGGAAAUGCAAGACGAAACCAAUUCGAUGCGAGCGAUAUCGCUGCGUCCAGUGCAAGAACGUGGACUUGUGUGCGCGCUGCUUCAAGUCGAACGCCCACUCGAGCCAUGUUUUCGUGAUGAAGCACAGUGUACCAGACCCCUGGGUACCUGCGUCGCGUGAAAAUCAGCCCCGCACAGCUAUCAGCUCGGAUCUAAUACGGGACUUGGAAACCCGAGAGCUCUCAACGAAUGACUAUGACGUGUUACUGCAGCUUGAUCAAGGAGACAAGCGCCCCAUUCAAGACUACCUUGUGAAAGUAGUGUCGGGAACCAAGGUGAACGCUGAGGAAGCCAAGACGUUUGGAGAACCUGGAGCAUCGUGCUCGUUGUGUGCUCAAAGUCUCCGGAUAAAAGCCUCAUUGCACUCGGCUUUGUGCGGGCUUUCUAACGCCACUACCAUCACUGCUAUCACUGCACAGCACGUUUUCCACGAGGGCUGCCUCGCAAGAUCGAUUCUGUCCCAGGUGUACGCAUGCCCCUAUCCUGGAUGCGAUCAAGCGCUGCUGCCUGGAUUGUUGUACCUUCAGCAAAAGCUCAAGACUGCUAAA